AUGGUCCACUCUGAGGAACACGAAGUGGAAGACUGUGGGCUGAUGACUUGGCCUCUUGCAAUUCUUCAUCGCCGCGUGCGUGGGUAUGGGAAACAUUGUCCGGGCGCAGACAGCAGUCGAUCUUCUGCACGGCGUGUCAAAGACAUCGAUGAGUUUGAUGGCCACCAGCUCACCAAAAGGUUUGGCAUCAAGCAAUGUGUUGCCCAGGAGGAGGCGAAAAAGCUGCCGAUGAGUUACGAUGCGGAGAUGGAGAAGACGAGAGCGCUGGACAGAGGGGCGGCGGUGAAAAAGAUCUGGUGCCGGAGAUGCAUGCCUCAGCAAACGAGCGAGUUCUUCUGUAGUGACUGUGAGCAGAAGUUACACAGGGCCAAGUUCGCCCAAGCCCAAUUAUCGAAACAUAAGUCGGAUGAAGACAGGUUGUGCAAGGAUUGUGCGGACUUGACGAUGCGGAAGGUGGAGGCUGUGCGCGUUGGAGAGGAGUAUGAAGCAGAUGAGAUUGAGAACACGUUGAAGGCCAGACGGGUGGCCAAGGACACUGUUUGUUUGGAUGUUGGUCCAGCGGAGGGUGCUGGGGCCGGAGAUCAGUGGGAAGAGGAGAGUGGCGCCGGCGCGGAUCGGCUGGGAGGCUGGCCCGCCUCGGGAGUAUUUAAGCCCCAGCCAGCCACGCCCACACCCCAUCCACCCAGAACCAGGCAGGCCACGACAGACCCCAUCCAACGACAACGACCAACGACGCAGAGCGCCAUGCUGCCCGCCGGCGUCCAGACCAUCCGCUUCAGGAAGCCGACCAACGACUCCGCAGCCUCCAAGGCCGCCGAGAGCAGCGAGAAGCUCAAGGCCGCCAAACACGUCGUGGUCAAGGACACGCUGAUUGCCGAGCAGAUCAACAGGAAUCGGCCGCCAUGGGUGCCCAAGCUCUCCGUCGCCUUCCGCAUCCUCGUCCUGGUCCGCUUCUGUGCAGCCAUGUACAGCUCGAUCAGCGACUGUGACGAGACUUUCAACUUCUGGGAACCGACCCAUUAUCUGGUCCAUGGCAAGGGCUUCCAAACCUGGGAAUACUCGCCCGACUAUGCCAUCCGCUCCUGGUUCUUUGUCUUGCUCCACUCCUUCCCGGCAUGGCUAGCCAGCAAAGCCUUCCCGCUAGACAAGAGACCUGGCUUUUUCGCAAUCAGGGCCAUGCUGGCCUUCCUCUCCUCUUACACCGAAGCCAAACUGUACCGUGCGAUCGCCGAUCACAUCAACCCGCGUGCUGCGCGUUACUACUUGAGCAUGUCUCUGUUCAGUGCCGCGAUGUGGAGUGCCAGCUCAGCCUAUCUGCCUUCGGCCUUUGCAAUGCAAGCGAUCAGCUUGGCCUUCUCGUACGUGCUUGAGCCCGUGUCCUCGAAAUCGGCCAGCGGACGCCGGACCUUCUUCGCCUGUCUGUUCUUUGUCAUCGCCACUGUAGCCGGAUGGCCCUUCGUGGGUGUCUUGGCCCUGCCCUUUGCGUUCGAGGAGCUCAGCCUGUGCGGGGAUGAUGAGGUCAUGCCGGCCUCCCGACCGGGGUGGGCAGCCUCUCGCUUCAACCGACUCUUCGUCUGCGGCCUCGCCAGCCUCGUGCUCGUCUCCGUCCCACUGGUCUUUGUCGACUGGCUCGCAUACGGCAAGCUCCUCUUCGUCCCGCUCAACAUCGUCCUCUACAACGUCUUCCCUCACAAGUUUGGCUCCGGCGUCGGCGGAGGCGGGCCGGAGCUCUAUGGGACCGAGCCGAGCCAUUUCUAUCUGCUCAACUUGCUCCUCAACUUCAACAUCGUCUUCAUCCUCGCCCUGCUCUCCAUCCCCCUCGUCUUGUUCACCAGUCGGUUCUCGAAGAGCAGAGGCGUCCGCCUCGGCCAGAAACUUCGGCUUGCUAACCAGACUCCAUCUGCCCACUUGUUGAUCGUCCGUCUGCUGCCCGUAUACGCUUGGAUCGCGCUCAUGUCCCAACAGCCUCACAAGGAGGAACGAUUCAUGCAACCCAUCUACACCCUCAUCUCCUUCAAUGCAGCCGUCUCUCUCUCAUUGAUCCGCGGCUGGAUGGAAGAUAUCUUUGUCAAGAUCACUUCAUCUCCCUACAGAGCGGGCCAGACGAGCAUCUUUUCUACGGUUACACGGACAGUAAUCAUGACGAGCUCCUGCAUCGCGAUAGCGCGGAUCCUUGCUUUGCAAAACUACUACCAUGCGCCCCUUGACCUAAUGUUCCACUUCCAAUACAACGAGCUCCCAGUACGAGCGAUCCAAACGUACCCAGCAGAGUACGCCUACCUGGGCCUGAACACGACCAAGCCGAUCCUAGAGGCGAUCGAGCAUGCCGAAUACACGGUCGAUCUGGGCCCGUUGGCCCGGGAGAAGCUCACGCUCUGUCUCGGCGAGAGCUGGUUCCGCUUCCCCACCCAGUUCCUCGUCCCCGACCCUAUCAACGUCCAGUUCGUCAAGGGCCCCUUCGAAGGCAUCCUCCCCGCCAAGUUCAUCUCCUCCCCGAAGAAGGACCAGUUCGAUGGCCCCACCACUCGUCCCUCUAACUCAACCCCCUCCCAUCCUUUCAGCGAGUGGCUGUGGAGACGCAAGGGCACCCGAACCAAUGGCGGCAAGUUCAACACCCAAAACAAGGAGGAGAUCGACCGCUACGUGGACCCCGAGACCCAAUGCUCCUACGCGAUCGGGCUGAACUACCCGCACCGAAGCGCCGGCUGGCGCGGCAACGAGUUCGAGGACGGGGCGCUCUGGGAGCCCCGGAAGUGCGUGAAGAUGCUCGACGGCCAGCAGACCCCGACGCUCUUCCGGACCCUCUGGCUGCCGCUCUCCUGGUGGACCGACGCCCACGUCGGCGAGCGGAAGGGCAAACUCAGCUUCGCGGAACUCUGUCUCUACAAACGCACUGCUUGA